AUGAAAUUUUCAACUAUUUUCGGAGCUGCUACAAUUGCGACUGCCGUCUUGGCGGCUGAUGUGUCAAGUGUAAUGACCACCAAGACUAUUACUGUCACUAACGGUAACAACGUGUACACAAAGGUUGUCACCGACACCGCUGACCCUGUCAUUACUUACAGUACCACUAGAACCGUCGUUGUCAGCAAUAGUGCUGGUGUUUACACCAAGGUUGUUACCGAAGGUCCAGACACCACUUCUGAAAAGAGUACUACAAAAACACUUACCUUAACAAAUGGUUCAGGAUCAUCAACCAAUCUUUAUACUAAGACUGUUACCCAAGGAAUUGAAUCAUCUACAUCCUCUUCAUCGGCUUCCUCCGCCUCUUCGUCUGCCUCUUCGUCUGGUGCUGCUCCAGCUGCUUUCCAGGGUGCAAGCGUUGGUGCACUAGCUCUUGGUUUAUUUUCUUUCUGGUUAUAG